AUGUGUGAAGACUUCGUUAUGCGCCCAGCAACGGACGUUUCCGAUCACCGUGUGCUAUUGAAAGCGAUCACUCAAGUAAACGAACACCUGAUCAGUAACGGGACCACGUUGGCCGCUUAUCCAUCUCUCCCACAGCUGUCAGAGUUUACGGACGUUGAGGACUCUCAGUCAUAUUCCGGGGACCAUAACUGUCUCAUCGAUAAUGAGCUCGGGUAUAAUGAUUCAGACCUUGAUCCAGUCUUAGCCUCUAUGGAUUCCUUCAACAAUGGUCAGCAGGCUGCAUACGACGGCAAAGGUUAA